ACGAAAACAAAAUCGCAUUUAAUAGACUUAAAACCCUCAUGUGACCAUAAAUAAAAUUUGUUAUCUUUCUGACCUAUUUAUCUCUUAUCUUCGGGCUUAUUAUGUUAUUAUUUACUCUCAAAACAUUCAUCUAAAAUGGCGUCGAAGGUUGGAAUAUUGGUCCUGUUAUAUGCAAUCGGAGUUUGUGUCUGCCACCCAAGGAGGCGUUUCCUGGACUGUGAUCACAUGACCGCGUGCGCUGACGUAUACGCACCUGUCUGUGGAUCAGACGGAAACACUUACAGCAGUGAGUGCUCGAUCGGAGCGGAAAACCAGAAACGCAUGUGCUGGUACGGCCAUUACAACAUGGUGGCCAAGAUGCACGAUGGUGCCUGCGACCCCACUACCGCAGCACCUUAAACUAUGAGGCACGAAUAUACCGCUUGUAUUGUAUUGUGAUGUCUAUGG